UUGUCAAGUUGCAUUUCUGUCUGAAACUUUUCGAACAGAAUCAUGAAUAUUUUACGCAGCCACCUGAUAUCUCAAAUUAUGUUUCUGUAGUUGUUUUCGGUGUGGAAGGUGCGGGCAAAGUUUUCCGGCUAACUGCGCAAGUCGUCGCAUGGCAGUCUGUGUACGUGUGCGCCGUCUGUGUGUGCGAAAUCACGGGUCACCGGCCCUGCUCGGCUGCUGCGCUGUGCAACUGCGAUUCCUCUGUGGAGGCUCUGAUGAGCCUUCGCAGUGCUGGUAGGAACCGUCCCUCACCUAUCAAAGACCCGGUACCCACACCCCCAAGGAGGGGAAAUCCUCCAAGAAUUCGGAAGCGCAACCGACUCAUCUUUAACGAUGACGAAGACACGUCCAUGUCCCCUAUCAGAUCCUCCCCUAAGAGGAACAGAACCACGCCCACAAAUUCGCCGGCCAAAUCCCAGCAUUCCCGGGACCCCCACCCCAAGUCUCACUCGGUGCCCUCCACCCCUCAUAAGUCUUCCGCAGCGGCCAUCCAGAACCUGAUCCUCAGCACCCCGGCCAAGAAGUCUGCCCAGAAGACCGGGGCACGGCUCAAGAACCUGCUCAAGCUCCCUAAAGCCUACAAGUGGUGCAUCUACGAGUGGUUCUACUCCAACAUUGACAAGGCCCUAUUCAGUGGUGAGAACGAUUUUCUGAUCUGCCUGAGGGAGUCCUUCCCUCAACUCAAGUGUCGGAAGCUGACGAGGGUGGAAUGGUGCAUCAUUCGCAGGUUGAUGGGUAAACCUAGGAGAUGUUCCCCGGCAUUUUUCGCCGAGGAGAGAGCGGCGCUGGACGCCAAGCGGCGCCGCCUGAGGCUGCUGCAGCAAAGAAAAUCCAACGAGCUGGACACCAGCGACAUGAAAGACCUUCCUCAGGAGAUACCGCUUCCCUUGGUCAUCGGAACAAAAGUCACCGCUCGCUUACGGAACCCCCACGACGGGCUGUUCACCGGACAGAUUGACGCCAUCGAUACCCAGAAUGCAACGUACCGGGUGACCUUUGACCGGCACGGCCUGGGAACCCACACUAUUCCAGACACGGAAGUCUUAGGGACAGAGCCGCAGGAAACAAUGCCAUUAUCCGCCUUCUUGAACAAGCAGAGACCAAGACCCAGUCUGUUCUCACCGCCAAGGAUAACGUUGGACGGCUUGCACUCCCCAGGUCUGGACCACGACCCCAUGCUGGGCAUGUCACCGCUCAGAGGCAAACUGCAGGGGGAUGAGAAGAAGUUAGGUGGAUUCCCUGUGAAAUUCCUGGUCCUUGUGACAAGAUUAUCCAAGAUACUAGGCAUCAAGAAGGACCUCUUGCAAGAACUGAAAGACAUGAACACAGAUGCCGAGAGGAUGCAAUCCCUGAACCAGAGUUCGGCGCUGGACUUCAAGGAGAACUAUGCAAAGUGUGUGCUGCAGUUGGAGAAACUGAACGACGCCCUCAACACGCACUUGAACGACGUCCAGCAAUACUGUCAAGAGAUUGCGCCAGAGCAGGGACUACCCCCCUUAUCGGAACCCACGGCAGACAGGUUACAGUGUGACCAAGAAGCUAGUCAGAUGGUCCACGACGCUAACUUAGCGCUGGGCGACCAGGCUGUCAAGAACCCCAAGCUGAACGACUUGAUAGCCAGCUUGACAUCGUUAAUGCUGCAGAUUAAGUCAUUAGCAAAGAAUGACAUGAACUCCUACGGCUUCAAGUCGCUAAACGAAUCGUUAGACGAGAUGAAGAAGAAGAUCGACCCUUCAAAUCUCAGAUGUUUCCAGGACAACGUAGAGGUUCACAUUGCGCACAUUCAGAGCGGCAUGAGCCAGAUGGGUAAUCUGCACGCCUUUGCCGAGAAGAACGUCGACUACUAAAUCCUGGCCACUUCCGACCUCGAAUUCACCCCCCUGACCUUCAGCGUGACCUCUCCUCCAUCAGCGCGACAUCCUAAUGUAAUUGGAACCUCGAGGGUCAUGUGACACCCAAAGAGACAGAUCCCUUAGGCCACGCCCACUCUGAAUGUGGCAACAACACACCUCUCCUUCGCCACCACUACAUGUUUCCAGCCAGGCAUGUUACACGUACAUGUAAGUACAUGCAUGUCAGGGGUGAGAUUUGUCAGGAUUUUUCCCGAUUUCAGGAUUUUUAUAGAAAGCCUUUUGAACUUUGACGUUUUCCAUACUGGUGUUUUAACCCAAACCCCCAAGGGGUAUUCUCUAGGCACCCUGCCAAAUGAAAAAGUAAUACAUGCCAUCCUUGGUACCAAGUACCUACCCUGCUAAAUGCAACGGAAUGCAGGCAUGGAAUGCUCGAGAUCAGAAGACUGCUAAAUGCAACAACUUGCAACAACUUUUUACCACUGGUACAUUCUGUUGCAUUUAGCAGGGUUAGGGUUCAGGGAAUAAUAAUCUGGGAGAGCAGUUUUAAACUACAGUUUUAAACCUGCCAAAUGCAACGGAAUUCAGGGGUGGAAUGCAUCAGAACAAGAGACUGCUAAAUGCAACAACUUGCAACAACUUUUUACCACUGGUGCAUUAUGUUGCAUUUAGCAGGGUUAGGGUUAACCUAUGAAACUUGAUAUAGAACAAAAGAAACAGGAAUUGUAAAGGGUGUAUUUAGGCAAAUGCAAACAGCGUUGGAUCUGUGCAGUAUAGACCCUACGUUGCUCUGGGGCCCUCGGCAACCCUGAAAACACUCUGACGAUUAUUUCCUUGGCUUUCCAUAUUCCCCCAAUCUCACCCUUGGCAAGUAGGCUGUGGUGUCUCAAAAUCAUGGAGCGGAGCCAUAAUGGUUCGGUCCAUUGUCUUGUAAAGUUUUAGUUGCAGCAUGACAUUUCGAGUUGCUAAUCACCAAAUUAUCGUGUCCAUGCAGCAAGGUUGUAUCUCCUAAAAUGGCGUGUGACGUCAUGUACGUGAAACGCAAGAUAUCAAUGUCAAAAAGUCGUAUCUUGUUUAAAAUAACCCGGAUGAACACACAAAGUCAGUGGACGUCGCAAGAUGCGACCUUGUUGCACGGAGCGUAUUCGCGCGAGAUACAACUUUGUUGUAGAAUCGAGUUCCGACCUUGUUGUACUGACUCAACAAAAUCAUGACCUUGGUUUCCCUUUGAGAAACCAUUAGAUCCUUGACAUUCAAGGUACGUGUAGUCUUUUAGGAAAGAAUGUUGCACCCUGACACCGCUUUUUUUUUCACAUCUCUCAGUGAAUGCCAGUCAUUGCAAAAAUGUUGAAAAGACAUGAAUCUGGGACUGAGAAACAUUUCCAAUUUUGUUAGAAAUACUUUGAAAAUUUGCUCGACUUCCCAUAGACUUUGUACUCAACCAACAAAGUGGCGUCUGGAUACUACAUUCUUUCUGCCUUUUUAUCAUCGCCAAACAUUUUACAGGUAUAUAAGAUAAACUCUGUGUGAUAAAAAGACACCCUAAAAUAAAAAUUCUAAACACUUUUAACCACCAAAUCUUUUGUCAAUCUCCGACGCUUUAGGCCUCUUUUUUUUUUUCUCGACAACUAUGAAAUUAUUAAAAUUGAUUUUUAAUGAGCCAUAUGUUUUCAAAUUGCCUUCUAUGCUUUUGAAGCGUGGAUUCUCAUAUUUAGGCACUUGCGAUUUGUGAAAAUCGCGGAAUUUCUCUCUUCAAAGAUACCUCAAAGUUUCUAACAUCUGUUAUUAAAAACUGUUGAGUUCUGUGUGGUUGUUCAAGUUCUUUCUCUCUGGAGCCAAAUAGGCUGAAGAAAAUCAUUUGCAGUUUCCUUCACCGCAUUUCUGAUGAUUAAUUCUCUGAAUCACUGCCUAAAUCUUAACGAACUUGAAUUUGUUUUAUGCUUUUUUUUUAAUAAGCAAAAAGAGAAAAACUAUGUACAGUAUCUGAGAAAUUUGUUAAUGUGUAAAGUAUGUGAAUACAAAUGUGUAUUUUGUGACGUGCAAAAGUGACAGGUUUUUUUUUUUUUAAUUAAUAGUUUUGUUUUAUGAGUUUAGUCGCAAGCUUCGAGCGUUGCACUUUAUUUGAUAGAUUAUUUUGUUGGAAUUGGUUGUGCCAAAAAUGAAAUUUAAAGUGGCAUAAAUAAAAAUGUCAAGAAGGUUUAUUU